UCCAUUUCUUAUAUCCACAUUCUUCUAUUAAAACAAUAGUGACACAUACAUAUUACAGAUCUCACCGUACAUACUAAACGCUUUGAGGGAGUCAAUUCCACCUGUAUCCAUCUCCAAGCAUUAAAACUAUUUAUUCCUCCGUCGGCAAUUAUUCUACUCUAUCGCCUUGUACGCUUCUCUCUACCCUUGUUUUGCUCUACCAUGGCUCCUCUUUGGUUCUUCCCUUUCAUGCUUUCCAUCUUUUCAAUCUCCGUUUUUUCCCAAUCUCUGAAUAAUCAACAAUUGCUCUUGCAAUUCAAAGCAGCCAUUACUAACAAUAACAACACUCUGCUGCCCGAUUGGACUCCCCUUCACCCCCUCUGCAAUUGGACCGGCCUUACUUGCCAUCCCUCCUCUCACUCUCUCCUCGCCCUUAAUUUGUCCCAAAUGAAUUUACACGGCACCAUUUCUCCUCUCCUCGGAAAUCUCUCCUCUUUUCGAUCCAUCGAUCUCUCCCAAAAUGCCCUCACUGCUUCCAUUCCACCUCAACUCGGCCAACUUCCCCGUCUGCAGAUACUCUGGCUGUACCGCAAUCAAUUAGAAGGAACCAUUCCUCCCUCUCUUUCCGGUUGCCGCAGUUUGUAUGACCUGGCACUCUCUUACAACCAACUGUAUGGCGGCAUUCCAUCCGAGCUGAGUCUCCUCGCAAGUUUGAGGUUCCUUCGUUUGGGAGUAAACAAUCUCACCGGUACCAUUCCACCGUCUUUCAAAAAUCUCUCCACCUUAGUUACAUUGGAUUUGGGAGAAAAUGAUCUGACAGGUACCAUUACCCCUGAAUUGGGCAUGCUCACUCAACUCCAAGUUCUGCACCUUCAUAGAAAUAACUUGGAAGGAACAAUUCCUCCCACUCUCUCUGCUUGCCGCAGUUUGUAUGACCUGAGACUCUCCUAUAACCAACUUCAUGGCAGCAUUACGCCCGAGCUGAGUCGCCUCACAAGUUUGAAGAUCCUUUAUUUGGGAGGAAACAAUCUCACUGGUACCAUUCCUAGUUCUUUCAAAAGUCUGUCCGGUUUAGUUGAAUUGUCUUUGGAAGAGAAUGAUCUGGCAGGUACCAUUCCCCCUGAAUUGGGCAUGCUAACUCAACUCCAACUUCUGUACCUUCAUACAAAUAACUUAGAAGGAACCAUUCCCAGGUCUUUAGGAAAUAUGUCUGCCUUUGACUGAUUUAGAAUUGGAAAAGAACAGUCUUCAUGGUCCCAUUCCCCCUGAAUUGGGCCUUCUUAUUCAGCUCCAAGUUCUUUACCUUUAUAAAGACAACUUAGAAGGCACCAUUCCCAGGUCUUUAGGAAAUCUGUCUACCUUGACUGAUUUAGAAUUGUCCCAGAACAAUCUUCAUGGCCCCAUUGCUCCUGAAUUGGGCAUGCUCCCUCAACUCCAGGUUCUGUACCUUAAUAACAAUAACUUAGAAGGAACCAUUCCCUUCUCUUUAACAAAUCUCUCAAAAUUGAGUGAAUUAGAUUCAGAUGAAAACCAGCUUAUUAGACAUAUUCCAUUGGAAAUUGGUACCAAGCUCUCUAAUUUGCAAAUUCUCAGUUUAUGGGGAAAUCGGCUUAGUGGAAACAUACCAAACUCCCUUGGAAAUUGUUCCCGUCUCACAAUACUAUAUUUAAAUACAAACAAACUCAGUGGAACGGUUCCGAUGGAGCUGGGUAAGUUGAACCUUCUUAACUGGCUCUACCUACACACCAAUCAACUGGUUAGUGACGGCAGUAAUACAUUGUCCUUUCUCACUGCUCUCACAAACUGCUCCUACUUGCAAGAAUUAGAAGUGUCGUUUAACCGUCUGACUGGUGAUUUGCCUCCUUCCAUAGGCCAACUGUCUUCCAAAUUCUAUUACUUGGAUUUAUCAGACAACAUGAUAAGAGGAAGCAUACCACAGCAGAUUACCAAUCUGACAAACUUAACCUACUUAGAUUUAAGCAAUAAUCUUUUUAGCGGCAAUAUUCCAUCUGGAAUUAAAAGAUUCCGCAAGUUGGAAAGAUUGUAUUUGGGUGGGAACAUUUUAAAAGGAAGCAUUCCUAGUGAGAUAGGUCAAAUGCAACAUCUCGGACUCUUAAAUCUCAGUCACAACCAGUUAUCUGGAAAAAUACCAGAUUCUCUUGGUAGCCUGCAAGACCUAAGACGUCUUCAUCUUGAUCACAACAAAUUAUCAGGAGAAAUUCAUGUUAGUUUAGAGGGAUGUAAGAAGUUGGAGCUCCUUGACUUGUCUUACAACAAACUAGGGGGAAGGAUACCUCGUGAAGUCAUUGCCAGCCUUGGAAACCUGCAAUUCUACCUCAGUUUUUCAUGGAAUUUUCUGGAAGGGUCCUUGCCGCAGGAGAUUAGUAAAAUUGUAAUGGCUCAAGCCAUAGACAUCUCUGGAAAUCGACUUAAUGGGGUGAUUCCAAAUUCUCUAGGAGACUGCGCAGCAUUAGAGCAUCUAAAUCUGUCCCACAAUCAUCUUAAAGGUCGAAAACCAGAUUCGCUCUCCAAAUUAAAAAAUCUCCUAUAAAUGGAUCUUUCUGCCAAUUUUUUAUCAGGUUCAAUACCAAUAUCCCUUGAAAGACUAAAAGUACUCCGGUACAUGAAUGUUUCUUUCAAUAAUUUGUCAGGACGGAUUCCAGAAGGAGGGCUGUUUCCAAAUAGAACUGUUGUAACAUUGUUCGCGGGAAACCUUGGCCUAUGUGGCCCAAGAAAUUAUUCACUGCCACCAUGCCCAAAGCAGACCCAUAAAAAACAUUCGCUCCUGAAAAAAAUAAUCUUAUCAGUUGUUGGAACCAUUGCAUUUAUUGUAUGCUUUAUCAUUAUAGGAAUGCUAUGGAGACGAAAACUUCCAAGACAACCAUUCCGUCCUUCAACCAUUAUUUUUCACAGGCUCGCCUAUCCAAAAUUUUCUUAUCAGGAUCUUGCCAUUGCAACAGCUGGAUUUGAUGAGUCAAACUUGCUUGGAGUGGGUAACUUUGGAUCAGUCUACAAAGGUAUUUUGAGGGAUGGUACGAUGGUUGCCAUCAAGACUCUUAAUUUGCAGAAUGAAGAUGCUGAUAAGAGCUUCAACACAGAAUGCAAAGUGUUAGGGAGGAUUCGGCACCGUAACCUCAUCAAAAUCAUAAGUGCAUUUUUCUUCCCUGGCUUGAAAGGUCUGGUUCUUCAAUUUGCAUCUAAGGGGAGCUUGGAAAAACAUUUGUACCCUGUCAGAGAUGAUGAAGACAUUUGCAAAUUGGGAUUGAGUGAGUGUUUAAGCAUUGCUAUAGAUGUAGCCCAUGGCAUGGAGUAUUUACAUCAUGAUUGUCCUCUGCAACUUGUGCACUAUGAUUUAAAACCUAGAAAUGUGCUCCUGGAUGCCAACAUGACAGCCCUUGUGACUGAUUUUGGUAUAUCCCGUAUAGUUGCUACAAACUCCGUAGAUUCACUGAGUACAACAACAUUUGCACUCAGAGGAUCCAUUGGCUAUAUUGCUCCAGAGUAUGGAUUGGGCGGGAAUGUUUCUAUAAAGGGAGAUGUUUAUAGUUAUGGAAUCCUGAUAUUAGAGAUGGUUACAAGGAAGAGGCCAAGUGAUGACAUGUUUGUGGGAGACAUGAACUUGCAAAAGUGGGUGAGGUCAGCUUUUCCAGACAGAAUGGCAGAUAUUGUUGAUGGUGGGCUAUUAAGAGAUGUUAAUGAAAACAUGGAAGACAAUAGAUGUCUUCUUUCUUUCAUUAAUGUUGGUUUGCUUUGUAGCAGUGAAUCACCAAGAGAACGACCUUCCAUGAGGGAUGUAGCCAAGGUCUUGGAGAGCCUCAAGACAUCUUUCAUGGAAGGUGCAGCUGCUUCCAAUUUAAUAUCUACAAUAUCUGAUCUCCUUCACAAUACCAAUCCCACUGAAACAUUGGCCUCUGACAGUCAAAGUUCCACUUUUUAGACGUUUAUAAGUUCCAUUAAGAAGUUUUUGUCCUGUAUGUUUGCCGAUUUAAGGUUUAUCUUCCAUCACAGGUUAGUCUUCUUUCAUGUAAACUUUUUCUUAGGUUAAAUUCUAGCUCUUUGAGCUUGUAUGCUUAUCCAAUUCAUGUAUAUGCUUUAUACUAGCUUGAAAAGUUAUAUUGUUGUUUUAUAUUUAUAGUUUAGAAAUUCUGCAAUUGUUAUAACAAUGAGCAUAUUGCCUUAUUUAUGGCAAUACUUUUCAUACCAAGUGGAAGUUAAAGAACUCUUUUCCU